GUUGUGAGAUUAUAAAAGAAUUCUGCUUUUACAUCUGCAGAUAUAUCAAUAUUUCAUGACAUCAGCUGUUUUGUUUCAGUUUUUCUUUUCUCAUUUUUCUUUCAAUAGCAUUCAACUAAAAGAAGAAAGAUAUGUAAAAGAAAGGAAGAAUGAAUCUUGACGACUUUGAGAAUACGGAUUGCUUCAAGCAGCUGGCCAAUGAGCUUGACGGGGAAUUCGGAGGAGGUCUGUUGGGUCCCAAGGCCAUAGUUCCCCCGGGAGUGGCCAACCCUGGCUUUGACGAGCACUAUGAUGAGGCAUCCAAUGGAUCCGGCUCAAAGGUCGACAUGAAUAUGGAGCCUAAAACAAGCAAAGAGGGCCAGCAACAGCGGUUCCGAUCCGAGAAGGACUUCAGCACCAUUGACCCCACCUUCAACAUGAUACGAGUGAUUGUCAACGACUUCGGGGACCAGUGCUCCUUGCAUGGCAUCUACGCCCUCUUCUCCAAGAGGAGUAUUUUCGCCAAGCUGCUCUGGGCAGUGGCUAUUCUCUUCAUGAAUGGACUCUUCUUCUUCUACUUGCUCGAUCUGAUGGAAGAUGCAGUUCUGAAGAGUCCGGCGGCAACUACUACGAGUUUGAGCUACGAGCAGCAAAGCAUGGUGCGCUUUCCUCGUCUGACGAUCUGUGACCCGAGUCCCGACAUCUCCAAGAUGGACGCUUACUUCGAGGGCAACGCGGGACCCGCCCUCCGCUUCAUACUUGGCAUCGCCUACAACCCCAUGUUCGCAGAGGUGAAGAACGACCUACAGGAGGACGUGGCGGCCGCACUCGCUAAACACACUGGAGUGGUGGUGGCGUUUAAUGAGCAAGUUAACAUGUCCAACAUUACUGCGGCUGCCAAGGCCAAGUACAUGUUGGGGGAUGACCUCGAGAGCACCAUGGUGAUGUGGAGCAACUAUGACUUCAAUUUCGAUUACGACAGUGUUGCGGGGUCCACCAUCGACAUGUUCAGGGCCACCACUCCUGUGUUGCUAGAACUCGUCAUGUUUUGCACGUGGAAGGGGGUGGACUGUAGGACUGCUGAUGCAUGGAGCCAGUACCUCACCCCCAGUGGGUUCUGCUGGGUGUUCACUCCAGAUGACGACAAAGUAUACACUGCUGGACAGGCUCAGGCUCUCCAUCUGAUCCUGGACACGAUGGCGGAUGACGGGAGUGCGGUGCUGCACAACUACCUGGGGGUCUCAUUCGACAUCAAGGACAGAGACAAGAGUGUCACUGUCUCCGACGACAGCCAGCAGAUCCUGUUGUCGCCCGGCGUGUCCUACUUGCUGAGUUUCCGCAUCUCCGAGUUUCUGGAUGACUCGGACACCAUGGACUGCAUCUACGAAGGAUCUCCCGGUCACCUCACCUACUUCGACCAGUACUCGUUCUCCGCCUGCAUAGACGAGUGUGCCUCGGACGCCGAGAUAGGUUCCUGUGGAUGUCGGGAACUGGGCAUGCCCUUCAAAAAUGCAUCGGAACUGCCGGCUUCGAUGGAACAUCUGGCGGGACCACAGGUGUGCAACAUGUACAAGGGACUCAUGUGCAACAUGAACAAGACUGAGAUCCUCAAGAACUGCUAUCAACAGUGCAAGCCGCAAUGCAACUUCAGUCGCUAUGACUUCCAGAUGUCAUUUGGGGCGUUUCCGGCUCCCCUGGCGGCAGUGUACAACAUGCCAGUGUUCUUCGGAGACGAGAUAGAGUACGAGUACAUGGCUGAGAACAUGGUGGAGGUCAGGAUGUUCCUCGACGACAUGUUCAUUAUGAAGUCGUAUGUGCAGCGCAAGUACGAGAUCUUCUCUAUCAUAUCGAAUGCAGGUGGGCUGGCGGGACUGUUCACGGGGGCGAGUAUGUUGACUGUGUUCGAGAUAGUGGAGGUGUCAGUCAACGUGCUCCACCUCCUCAUCAUCCGCAUGAGUCACAACUUCAACCGCCGAUAUCGCGCCCAAGUGGACGAAUGAGGCCAGUUGGCAAAAAAGUUAUUUAAACACCAAACAAAAUCGUCGGGUCUUUCGCACAUUUCAUUUUUCAGUGUUUUAGGACUGAUGACAUUACAGUUUUGCCUCAAUAAUGUAAAACUUGAUCCUUUUUAGGCAUUUUAAAUAGAUUGGGCCAUAUCCAACAGACAAUAUUGGAAAAGACCCGAUGAAUGAAAAUAGGUAUGGCCAUUCAAUCUGACCUCGCUCCUUUCCCCAUCUUUAAGGUUGAUCAUUUGCCCAGAUUGAUGUUUCAAAUUUAUCCCAAUUGUUGAAUUCAUAAUUUA